AUGGCUAGAAAUACAGCUCCAGACACUGAAGACUCCGACCUUUCUGAUUUACUGAGUGUCGAACAUGAAUUGGAAGAUGUUGGAGAGGAAGAGGAGGAAGAAGAAGAAGAAGAGGAAGUAGAUGAAGAAGAAAUUAGUGAUGUAUAUGCCAAAGUACAAGUAGGAGAAGAUGAAGAUGAAGAAGAUGAAGAAGAUGAAGAAGAGGAAGAAGAAGAGGAGGAAGAAGAAGAUGAAGAAAUACCAUCAAUUAGUGAAGAUGAAGACGCGUAUAAAUUAGAAGAUCCUGAUGAAAUUGAUGAUGAUUUAGAAUUACAAGAUGAAGACGAAGAUGAAGUUAGAACUCCUGUAAGUACAGUCAUUGCAACUAGCACGUCCAAACCUAAUCAGACCUUAGGAGGUAGAGAAUCAAGGAAAAGAAAACUUACUUAUUAUGAAGAUGAUGAAGAAGAUGAAGAUGAAGAUGAAGAUGUACAACCAGAAGUAUCAUAUUCUAAACCUAAAAUGUCAAGGAAAUCUAAAAUGCCUGAAAGGAAGCUUCAACCACAAGAACUCGAUGCUGAUUUAAUUCUUACUGAUGAAGAAACUGAAUAUAAUCCUCAUGGUGAAUAUGAUCCAACAAAAAUGACAGAAAGACAAAGGGCAAGAUAUGCAGAACAAUUUGAUAGUACUGAAGAAUUUUUAUCACUUGAUGCAUUAAAUACCCAGAAAAAGGUUCCAACAAAACGUAAAGAAACAGAAAAAGAAGCUGCAUUAAGAAAAGAAGAAAGUAAUCGAAGAAGACAAGAUUAUAAAAAUAAACAACUUGAAGAAGAAAAAAGAGAUACUUUAAACAAAUUAUUAAAGAGAAGAGCCAAUAAGACUCGAGAAGUACAAAAGGGAGAUCCUACAGAUGAAACACCUCAACUGCUGUUACUGAAACCAAGAAGACCCGAAUUUCGCCACCCUGCAUUAUUCCGCUGGAUAAAUAAUUUAGAGGGAAAUUCUGUAGUUGGUAUUCCUUGA